GUACCAAAUUACAACUGCAUUUCCUCACACAACACAUGUCAUCUGUUGGUUUAAAGUUUAAACAUCAAUGUCAACGGUUGAUUAAAAUCUGCAAAUUAAUCGCCAAUUAAUCAUUACCGGAUUAUGAAAGAUAAAAGUAAACUUAUCGCUUAAACUGAUGUAACUUUGAAAAAUGAAAACACUGUAAACGAGUAACCAGUCGAAUUAACACGUUCACUCGGCUGUUGUAAUAAUUAAACGCAUAUAAAAGCGAAAUAUUCAAAUUUUCUUUUUCAUUAAUGUUCGGUCAAUCGAAUCGAUAAUCUUAUUGUUUUAAUUCGAGCAAACGUAUACACUAUACAGUACCAAAAUGUAUAAGGAACUAGCAGUUUUACUUUGCCUAACAAGAUUCGCACACUUGGCACCUUCGCCUUACCAGUAUAACUCUUUCACGACUGUAUCAUCAACGCCUCCACCAGGUUACGUAAUAAAACAGAAUCUAAACGGCGACUCGUCUCCCAAAUUCAGCAUCGGUUACAAGAUACAAGAUUCCGCCAGCAACAAAGUGAAAAAAGAAUACAGCAAUAGCGAAUACUUAUUCCCACCAGAGAGUAGCAAACGUCCACAAACAUUCACUCCAGAUUUCAGCUACGAAGAUUACUCGACGAGUCCAGCUCCAAGCCUGUUAUCUUUUCCCUACCCAGGUCAACAGAAACCCAGCUCUUUACCGUCCAAUUUCUUCUCAACACCGAAACAAUUUCCACCCACCGCCUCCAGUAAGGUUUUCGUCCACGGGCAUUACGAUAAACCUCACGUAAUCCACGAUCUCGUCGGUCACGUGAUCACAGACGUAGCAGGACAUAAGCUCAAACACUACGGCGAAGCUCUAGAAAGUGGUGCCCUGACUGAGCCCAUCAUUCAUAAACUAUCGUUCGCCAAAGCUGCCUUGCUCCAGUUACUCGCCAUUAUAGGGCCUCUUUCAGCUAUCAAGACGAUUCACGUGGCUGCUAAAGCUUCCGGACCGCAUCAUCACGAACCCGAGUAUUUGGAAGGUGUUCCUCCUGGAGCUUUCAGCGAACACAUUGAUCCAUUUGUUCCGGGACCGCAUCCGCAUCAUUCGUCUACUUUGUCCGGUAUCAUUUUCAAUUUGAUUGCUUCGUUGUCGAAAUUCAAUACUGAAGCUAAGAUACACCUGAUUCCUAAUCUGUUGAAAAUCAUCAGCUCGUCGUCUUCGGCGUCGGCUCACGCUUCAGCUCAUCAUUAAUCUUUCUAAAUUCAUCGGUGUCAUUUUUUAUGCCCAUUUAUUUUUAGCCAAAAGUGUCUACUGCGUAAUUCGAGAAAAUGAAAAAGGGUGAUCAAAUUUUUAUUUCUGGACGACUUGAAAAAAAUUACGCAUAUUCAAAGUUCAAUUUUUGGCGGGUGAUUUUUCAAGAAUUUUCCCCAAAUAUUCUACGUUAACCAACAUCGCAAGUACUUAUUUUGAUGAUAAUUUCACGGUUUUUGUAAGUAAUUUUUUUUCACGAUGAUUUGAAUGGUUUUUUUUUCAAAUUUUCGUACUUUUUCAUGUUUUUUUUUUUACAAAUUUUGUUUAUUUUUCAAUUACGUUUUGCUAAUUUUCGGUGAUUUCAAUGCUGAAAAAUUUCAAUAUUCCGUCGUUCGCGAAAGAUUCUCUUCCCAAUCAAAUCGCUCAUAUAUUUCGUUCACAAAUGACUCAUAUUUUGUUGGUGAAAGGUUCACUUGAUGGGAACCAAGUUUUCCAUUCGCUAAUGAUUCAUUUUUCGAAGUGUUUCAGUCGUUCACGAACAAUCCACAAGUGAUAAAUUAAGAAUUGCAGUCUUUUCAAAGCAAAUUGCCAAAAUAUUUCGUUCGCCAAUGAUUCAUAUGAUUCAGUAUUCACAACUUUUUCCAACCAAAUAGACCGAGUUUUUCGUUCACUAGUGAUUCGCUAGUGAUUUCAAGAAUGAUUCGGUUAUUUGCAGCCAAUUUUGAAUAAAAUAAUAACUCGAGGUAUUCCAUUCACGAAUGAUUCAUUUUCGGAAUGAUUCAAUCAUUCGCAAAUGAUUCAUUUGUUGUUUUAGGAAUUAUUGUUGAUCCUUUCUUCCUUUCAUUUGAAAACUAUUCCAGGUCAAUCAAACAACUCCAGUAUUUCGUUCACGAAUGAUUCAUUUUUCGAAAUGAUUCAGUCGUUCGCGAACGAUUCACUUGUUAUUUCAGGAAUUAUUAUUGAUCCUUUCAUUUGAAGACUAUUAUUCCCGGCCAGUCAAACAACUCGAGUAUUUCGUUCGCGAAUGAUUCAUUUAUCGAAAUGAUUCAGUCGUUCGCGAACGAUUCACUUGUUAUUUGGAGAAUAAUUUUUUCAUUUGUAAAAAUUUUCUGAUACGAUGUUUCAAAUACGUAUUUCGUCUGCGAAUGAAUUGUUUUGAAAAUGAGUCCAACGUUCGUGAGUGAUUCUUCUCCAAAAUGAGUUGGUCGUUUGCGAACGAUUCGUUUGUUUUUUUUUCCCAAGAGCGAUUCUUUCAUUCCACAACUUUUCCUCAUCCGAUCGUUCGAAUAUUUCGUUCGCGAAUGAUUCAUUUUUCGAAACGAUUCAGUCGUUCGCGAACGAUUCACUUGCCAUUGCAAAAGUAAUUUCUUUAGAUCAAUAUUGUUUUCUGAUAAGCUUGUUCAAAUAAAGUAAGUAAUUUUAAAUUUAUCAGUGAUUUUCAGUAACUGGGAAAUCAAUUCAAUAUUUUAACAAUAAUUUCUGCGUUUUCAACAAAUCAUCGUCGAAUUCUUGGUCAAAAGGAUGACUUUUUGAUGACUUGGUAGACACCUUGUAUCCACUGUGACAUCUUUAUCAUUUCAAUCGCUCAACAUCUCAGAGAUAAUUCAAUGUAUUCUAGUCUUCGUACAUAUCGCAAUCACAAGAAACAUUAUGAGAUGCAUAAAUAGGUAUUCAUUGUUUAUGUAAUCAUUGUUUUAUUUUCGAAUUAUUUUUCCAUUUACUUUAUGUACAUUUUAUUUCACAAUCUUCUCAAAAUUACUCAUUAAGCUAUGUCAUCUGUAAUGGCAACUAUCAUCGUAUUGAUUGUGAACAAAAUUAAAAAUCACGAGGGUUGAAAAUCAAAUUAGGUAUUUUUUUGACGAAUGGGGAGGGUGCCCCAGUCCUAGCCUUGGUGGGUUAGGAAAGUAUAUCUAACAUUGAUAUACAUUGGUACAUCUUAUCAUUAGUCUCCAAGCCUGGAAGGCUUAUUUCUUACUUCUUAUUAUUUCUUCACUAUAAGAAUGUGUGAGAAAGAUGGUAUUUUUUUUUAAUUUUCCACCUAUAAUUACUUAAUUACUUAUACACUACUUUUUUUACGCUACAAAUAUUUUCACUUUUUGUUAACUAUUUGAUUAUAUUAUUGGAAUUAAGAAUAUGAUGUGAUAAAUGUUUCAAAUAAAUGAUUACUUAUACUUA